ACGCAGGAGAUCGCGGACGCAAAGCCCCAGAUGAAGAUAUUCUGCUUGUCCAGCACCUUCGCAUUCCUCGAUCAGCUGCACCGCACGCCUUCCUCUCCCUUUCCCUUUCCAUUUCCUCACCCAACAAAAAGUAAACGCGGCAGAUAACCUUAGCAUUAUCGCCAUUAAUUCCUUCCGCGCGCCGCCACUAGACUCUCCAAGAGAUCAAUCGGCAAUCGACAGAAACACCCAGCAGCAUUCCUUCCCCGUUCCAGGACCAGAUCAAUUUUGCGUGUGGGAUCGAUCGGGUCGGAUCAACUCCAUCAUCCAUGGCCUCGUCGUUUGCGCCCGCCCCUGCGCCAGGUUACCCACCGCACGGCGGCAACCAGGCCCCGCGCCCGCACUCCACGGCCGUGGCCGUCACAGCAGAGAGCAACGGCGAGGGGAACCCCUACGUGCUCGUCACCCCGGCCAGCGCCUCCCCGUCCACCUGCCAGUCCAUCCGGAAGGCGCUGGGGCGGUACGGCAAGCUGCUGGAGGAUGGCACCCGCAAGGCCGCCGACACCACCGGCAACAUCUGGAACCACCUUCGGACGGCUCCCAACAUGGCGGACGCGGCGGUGGCGCGGCUGACCCAGGGGACGAAGGUGUACGCGGAGGGCGGGCACGACAGGGUGUUCCACCAGGUGUUCGGCGCCGUGCCCGGGGAGCAGCUCCGCAAGGCCUACGCCUGCUACCUCUCCACCUCCACGGGCCCCAUCAUCGGCACGCUCUACCUCUCCACCGCGCGCCUCGCCUUCUGCAGCGACGCCCCGCUCCCCUACUACCACGGCCCCACCGCCCAGGCCCAGCCGCCCGAGCCCAUGUACUACAAGGUGGUGCUUCCCCUGAAUCAGCUGAGGACGGUGAGCCCGUCCGCCAGCAUGUGGAACCGGGCCGACAGGUACAUCCAGAUUUCAACCGUGGACAAUCACGAGUUCUGGUUCAUGGGGUUCGUGUCCUACGACAAGGCGCUCAAGAACCUCUCCGAGGCCCUGCAGCACCGUACUUGAUCCAUGCCCGUUUGCAGUCAUAUGAUGUGCAGCACCGCCGCAGCUAAGCUCCUGUUCUACACCGCCCUAUCCGAUAACUGUCAGAUUUUGUACUUCUUUCAUGUACUCGAUGGCAGUAUCUUGCUCCAUCUACACAGUUCAUGCCCAGGAAUAAUAAGACACUAAUGAAACUC